GGAAGUGAAUGGGUAAGAAACUCAAAGGCGGUCCAGUCAAACAGAGCGCAAGCUGGGGCUCAGGCAGAGCUCCGAGAGCCCAGCUGGGAUCCGAGUGUGAGCUCCAGGGGUGGAUCCGGAGGGGCCAGGUGCCGGGGAGGCAGGAGCAUGCGGCGGCUGCUGGUUCUUCUCCUUCUCAGCCACACCGGCUGCUUCUCCAUCCAAGGCCCAGAGUCUGUGAGGGCCCUAGAGGGGGAAUCUAUAACCGUGCGGUGUGACUAUAAACCAAGAUGGGAGACCUACAGGAAGUGGUGGUGCCGUGGGGCACACUGGGAUCUGUGCCGGACUCUCGUUCAAACCACAGGAUCACAGCAAGAAGUCAAGGAAGACCGCGUGUCCAUCAGGGACAACCAGAGUCACCGCUUCCUCACAGUCACCAUGGAGCAAGUCAGGCAAAGCGACACAGACACUUACUGGUGUGGGAUCAGCAAGAGUGGACCUGACCUCGGGGCACGUAUCAGAGUGACCAUCGAGCCAGAGGGAACACUUCUGACCACCUUGGCGAGCAUGCUAUCCAGGACGAGUGCCAAUGGCCGGGCAGGGCUGUCGUCCGUCUCCUACGGCAGGACCCACUACAUCCUCCUGGUGUUCGUGAAGGUCCCCAUCUUGCUCACACUGGCCGGUGUUCUCCUUUGGUUGAAGGGAUCUCAGUAGCAACAGUCUAACUACAUGAACUUGUCCUUGAUCUUCUCACCAAAGACACAGCCGCUCAGAGAGACGGAUGAGCAGAACCGUCCAACCCCUGGACCCCAUUUCCGGAGGAGACGUGAGCUGUGGAUGAAAUGCCUCUGAGUCCUUAGGACGCGGUGACUGGGGUGCGAAGGGGCUGGCCGGGCACCCUCCCUGCUCUGCACAGCUCAGGGACACAGCCCGGGGCCUCCUGAGAAGUCAGGGGGUGCUGGAGAGCCAGCGUCUGACCCACUCCUUCGGGUAGCAAGUGCCCCUACCCCAUGGGGGCUCGUGGUCAGAGCUGCUGGGGCGGAGCCCAAGCCCCGUCCUCUCUGCAGGAGAAAGUCGGGCACAGAGCCAGAGACCGAAGCACACAAAGAAGCAAUAGGCGUGUGGGGCGGAGACAGAGAGAUGGAGCCCCGCCCACGCCCCCCGCUCUGCUUCCUUCCUGAGACCAGCUCAGCACGCCUUGUGUCAGAGCUUCUGGUUUAUAAGGGUGUUUUCUUUCUUUCUUUUUUUAAAAGAAUUUUUUAUGUUUAUUUAUUAUUGAGACAGAGACAAACAAAGCAUGA